AAUGCAGGUUCUGGAACCAGGGCUUGCUGCGGCGGAGGGGCCCUCGUUGACGUUACCUGACCUCACCACCACAUGCCCCGGAGGAGGAGGAUCCUCUGCACACAGCCCCAGUCUGGUCAGGGCACACGCUCGACCUCCACAAAACUCGGAUUCGAUCCGGAAACGCCUUUCCCGCAAUUCUCGCGCCUCUGCACCACGGUAUCUCGGCAUCUCGGAUUAUGGUUUGCUGCCUGCAGAUCGCCAGUCAUCCAAUCGAGUCACGCGCAUCACCACGAGCACGAGUGUCAUUCGCGGGGUUCCUUCGGCCCCCGGCACACGCACGCGCGCAGUAAUGGACGAGGCCGCCCGCCUCGUGUCCGAGCUGCACGACAAGCUCGCCGAGCUCGACGGCAAGGUCGCUGCCUACCGGCGCGGCAUGCUGGCCGAAUUUCACAAACACAUGGACGACUGUCUCAAACAAUACCCGGAUCACAUCUCCACCGAGGUAUCCCGAGCCAUCACCGCGUCCGUGGCAGCGGGCAGGUACCCGGCGCUGAACCCCCCAAGCCGCGACGCACCGGACUCGACAGCAAUCGACCGACCCAGCUGGGAGGACCGCAAGACGUCGCCGCCACCUUUUUUGCGCCAUACCUCGGGUACGCCCAAGGAGACCGCGCGGGAUCCGCACGCAAGGGAGAAGGAAUUCCAGGGCCUGUUUACGCCGGCUUUCCUGCCGCUGCUGGAGAGCGGCAACCGCGCGCUGCACUCGCCGCCAAUGUCGCCUCCGCCCGCCUCUAACGGACAGGCGCUCUCCCAGUCACCGGACAAUGUCAGCCAAAUAGAUGAAUCCAGGAAGGCCGGUACGCCCUCAUCAUCCGCCGCUCACGAGGGUAGGCCGAGGCCGGCUCGGAGCCUGACAGACCGGUCGACGUCAUCGGUCGAGUCAACCGGCAGCGACUCGAAAACCCGGAGAAGCGCGCUGCGGCGGUCGUCCAGCUCGGCCAAGGGCAGCCCCCGACGGGUGCGGUUCGAUUUCGAGGGCGAGGAGGUUUUCCCAGCAUCAUCUUCUCCCCAGGCACCAGUGCCCACCCCGGGUGCGGAAAGUGGGGCAAAACCGCAAGCCGAGGCGGAGACGCCGGUCAACGCCACCAGAGAUGACUCAACAACCGAGUACACGGGGCCGUCCCUGCUGGACGUCGAAGGCGAGGAAGACCUGCUGCCAAAACCCAAAAAAGUGUCCUCGACACAGGCGUUGCAGGCGCUCUCCAGGUGUCCGCUCGACGAGGGGACAACCUGGAGGCUCGUCAGCCCGGAUUCCGGAGAGCUUCCGACCUCGAAGAACAGAGAAGAGGAAGCCGCAGAAGGCGCCAAGACGAACGGGAUGGACGGGGAGAAGCAGCCGGAGAACGCGCCAGGCCUGCCGGACAAGUCCGACUCCCAGGUGACCCUCCGGGCCACCGGAGACGGGCAAGGUUUCGCAAGCCGGCAGCCCGACCCACCGCCGCCCCGAGAGUCUUUUGCGAUAGACGAUGACGAGGAUAAUGCAGCGUCCGAAUCCGACGAGGAGUUCCUCUCGAUACCGUCCAGGCGCAAGUCGUCGUCUCCCGCCAAACAAAGCCCGUUUACCCCGCCGCCAAAGCCCCCAGCGGCGGCGGCCAGAAACACUAUAGCGUCCGAGACAGACGGUAGUACUACCGCUGCAGAUGACGACGUCCUGGACCCGCUCUUCGAUUUUGACGAAGAUGCGGGAUCCACAAGCUCCCGAACCCAGAAGCACCAGAAAUACCUUCCCGAAGCCGAAUCGUCUGAUGAGGACAGCAUCUCCGGCCGCCUCCGGCAAGCAGCCCGCCAAGAACUGCGACAGCAACAGACACUUCAACCACAGCAAGCCGGCGAGCCUUCCUCCCCCUCCCCCUCCUCCUCCUCCUCCUCCUCCUCCUCCUCUUCCUCCCCCUCCUCUGCAGUGCGAAUCCCACCCGUCUCUCCCUCGACCGCGCUCUUCGAGCGCAGCAUCGGCUCGUACAUGGGCCGGUCGGUGACGGCAGCCCCGAUCAAGGACCCCAAGCUGUACGACGAGAUCGCGGGCAUGAAGGACGUGCCCUUCCUCGUCGGCAGCGUCCACGACGUGAGCGAGGCCGAGGCGGCGAAGUUGGGAAGCUAUCGAGUCUCCUCGAGCAUGGGCAGGCGACUCUCCGGGGCGGCCCCGAGGAGCUUUACGGAGCGGUUAGCGCUUGAGGAGGAGAUGGAGCGGAGGAGGGCCGCUGGAGAAGUAGGUGAUGAAGAGGACGAUGGAUGAUCUGUAAGGGGAGGUGUUAUGUUCAACCGUGCAUAUACAUGAGGAGGAAUUUGUUUUUCUCGGAGCUCUUUCUUUAUCUCUUCUGUUCUUCACUUAUCUC